CUUUGCAUUCAGACACGUGAGCUUCUUACACAUCUCUCGAGCACUGUAUUUGCCUGUGACAUCUCUGGGGAUACGAGGUACAUCAGAUGCGACUUUCCAAAAUGCAGGGAACAUGCAGAGGCUUUGCAAGGUAGACUGAUUCAGAUCUCAAAAUUAUGGCUUUAGAUUACUGGUAUUAAUGUUGGGCAGAUAAUCAUGCAUAUUACCUCUGAAACGUGGUUUAUGUAAACAUGUGUGUACAGGUCAAAUUUGAUUUUAGGUUAAUUUUGAUUUAACCUAGGUUGAUUUUUUUAACCAAGAGUAAAAGUAAGGUGCCAGUGGUCACUGGUAGUGAUAAAACAGGACCUUGCUCACACAUGCUGAUUGCAUUGUUAUCAAUAUUAUUGCUACACUGGAUUGUAUUUUGAUGUUAAAGUUUAUUAAUCUUCAAGGAAAACCAUGCUGGAUUCUUAACACCUUGAAGAAUGUCAGAGUUCUGGACAACCAUGUUGGAAGAGAGGUGAAUUAUUACAUGAAAGAAAUUGAUUCUGGAAUGCAUGAUCAGUUGUCCAAUCCUCACUAUGCAGAAAGUCAGCAUUGGAUUGAAGCUCAAGGUUUGCCUGAAGGAACUAGAAAGGUAUUGAUUGUUUGAGGCAGUGGAGGGUAAACCCAGAGACUUACUAAAAUUGAGAUGUACCCAGACCCUUGAUUGAAAAUCCAAGACCUUGCAGGAAAAAGUUUGAAAAAUGAAUAAUCUGAGAUGGAAAGAAGCACACAGGAAUGACACCUUGAUAUCUUUUAGUUAUAAUGAUUCUAUAAUUUUGAGAGUAGUUAAAGUUUUUUAGAGACCUGUGACAUCUUAGGAACCAUUCCUCAUAACCCAUCUUGUAUGUAGUGUGUACUGUGAGGACAAAUGACUGGAUGUUGGUAGGAUUGUUGAGUUCUCAUAGUUUUUUGUUUUUUCAAAGGAUAUGGUGAUGUCAUGGUGGUACAUAACAUAAGAGUUAAAAAUUUAAAAAAAAUGAAAAAUACAAUCAUCAUCAUCAUCAUUACCAUCACCAUUGUCAUCAUCAUUAUUUUACUGGAUUUUUGUUUCUUAUAUCAAAAUCCAAAUCCCCACAUUCAGCUGACAUUUGCCACUUACUGCUCUUGAUGCAUAAUGAACACCUUGGUGUAUAUAUUUUUUAACCAUGUUACUGUUAACUGCAUUGGACAAGAUCCCAAUACAAUGUACUGUGCCUCUGCUUUAAUGAACAAUUUUUCCUGUUGCUGGGCACUGAUGUUGCAUUAGGUUUUCAAUGCAUAUGCAUUACUUUGGGGUAUCUAGAUUUUUAGACUUUAUACCUGUGCUUUGAUACUCCAUCCAGGUUCUUGCUGUGUUUAAUCUCAAAGACCCACAGUCACAGUUUGGUGAUUGGAUUUCACUGUUUCUAAAAGCUGCUUUUAUGUCUGAAGGUAAACAGGCACAUAUGUGUACAUGUGGUUGGUAAAUAGUUAGAGGCCACAUGCCAUUUUACAGUUGUUCACUGGGUGUCCCAGCUUGAGUGAAAGUAUUGUUGGAGGUGCACUAAGGCUUAAGGCUCACUCAGUCACUCGGCAUGCAACUGAAUAAUGGCCCAUUAGAUAUUUAAUAGAAGUGCUAAAUAUGUGUCAGAAUUAUAAAUUUUCUCAGUGUUAUUCCGAAUUACAAAUGUAUAUAAUUAUGAGAACGAAAACUUGAGUACCUUAGAAACUUGUUUGUAACCUGAAUUUACGGAUUCUUUGUAUGGUUAGACAAGUAGUAUUGUAAGCUUUCUGAUAAGUUAACAUCAGGUUUUUGCGACAUCAAACUUAAAACAGUGUACGGUGUAUAGGGAUUGUUUUAAGUAGCAUUUUGAACUUAAAGCUGGGCAAUUUAAAAGACUAUCAACAAGAAGAAAUGCUUAUGAAGUAUUCUUGUGUAUACCUCUUCUUUUCAAUAGUCUUUUAUUAUCGUUUUACAUUUUGGACUUGUCAAAUUAACAAAUCAGCAACAAUUUUCCAUGGUCUGUACUCUUAUUGACCAUAGAAAUGACGUCAAAUGUUCACAACUCAAGAAGAAUCAUGAGCAGCAGGCGAGUGGUUUCACUGCAAAGGUUUGAACAUUUGACAUCAUUUCUAUUGUUGAUAAGAGUACAGACCAUAGAAAAUCAUUGACAAUUUGUUUUUUACAAUGAUAACAUUGACAGUUCUGGUCCCAGUAGUUCAAAUGCCGGACAGCACUAUCCACCAGGUAAAUCGCUAUCCAGUGGAUUAGUAUUUGGAAAAGAAAUUGCGCUAUCUGUUGGAUAGAGAUUUAUCCGGUGGAUAGCUUUAUCCACCUUUUGAACCAUUGUAUCCAUUUGUGUCCAUUUUCAUUGAAGCUUCUCUGAAAAUUGUGCGUGAGAGAAAGAAUAAAACAAAUCUUCCACCAUCAUGUCAUUUCCAUGUUCUGUACACCUAUCAGACAUAGCUCUCAUCCAAUCAGCGCGCAAGAAAUCGCUCAGUUAUUGUUAAAUUUGUUUUUGACAGCAGUUGGCCAUGAUUUCUCUGGGGUGUCUGAUUAAUGUACUCUUUUUCUUGCUUCUUUCAUUGUGUUUUUUUUACAGUGUAUGUUGUCUUUUUGUUGAUAGGGGUACAAGGACAUGGCUGUGUUGUAAUCACCCAGAACUUUGUGAGUCGUUAUGAGCUAAUGGAGUGCAUUGCAAAGCUCAGUUUCUUGAGCAGUCAUCUGCCAACAGGUUUGGAUCAUUCUUUUUUGAUGGAUUUAGCUUUUGACUCUAAGGCCCAGCAUCCAAAUCCAAAUUCUCCAGACUGAUUUUUUUACACAAGAUGUACCUUUCCUUAAAGAAUAAGUCGACUGAGAAUUUGAUUAAAGAUCAAAGCACUUGUGGAGGCAGCGUGGCCAAGUGGUCAGCGUGUGGGACUCACAAUCCGGUGGUCCCGGGUUCGAGUCGCACUCUGGCCACUUGCUGGAUUUGUUCUCGGUCCUCCCGAGCUCGAAUCCUGGGCCACGCUUGUAAAUAGCCAACUGGUUGCCUAGUCCAGCCAGUUGGAGUUUUUAAUCCUGUUAUGCUGUAUUUGAAUUAUUUGUUUUCUAAGUAUUUACUGAUUGUAAAGGGCUUUGGAUCACUAAGAGAAAGGCGCUAUAUAAGUGUAUAUUACUAUUAUUAUUAUCAUUCUUACUUUUCUCUUUGGUUAGUCUGCUUCACAGCCGGUUUUAGUGUUGUCACAUAAUAAUACUGUGAAUUAAUAUUGGUAGGAGAAAAUAUUAUUAAUGUUGGUCAUUCUUGGGACUUAUUUUGACUCUAGGUCCUGGAAUAAAUUUAAAAAUGCAACCCUCUCUAAGAGGUCUGUAGAUAAUUUAUCUCUUGUUAACAUAAAACAUGAUAACAGCGGUUUCACUGCCUUAUCUUCUUUCUUAGUUGAAGUUGUUGCAGCAUUGAGCUGUCACUCGAGUUCUCAGGGCCAGGUGUUUUCAUGCACACCAUUUGCUAUGGGCAAGCAGUGCGGAUUUGAAGAAUUUUGCUCCUUGCAUGACUUUGUGAUGGCUUGUCACAAUGUUUUAAACAACGUUCUGGUGGCUGUACACAUCUCAUCGUGUUUUACCUUAAAGCUGGAUUGCUCUCAUGUGGUGAGUUUUCUUUCAUGA